UCACCGUGUUUCCCUCAGAUGGCGAAGGCAGACCAGCGUUUCGGCCAGCGGGACGGCUCCGACCAGAACUUUGACUACAUGUUCAAGCUGCUGAUCAUCGGCAACAGCAGCGUGGGGAAGACGUCCUUCCUGUUCCGCUACGCCGACGACUCCUUCAGCAACUCCUUCGUCAGCACCGUGGGAAUCGACUUCAAGGUGAAGACGGUGUAUCGCAACGACAAGAGGAUCAAGCUGCAGAUCUGGGACACGGCCGGCCAGGAGCGAUACCGCACCAUCACCACGGCCUACUACCGCGGCGCCAUGGGCUUCAUCCUCAUGUAUGACAUCACCAACGAGGAUUCCUUCAACGCCGUCCAGGACUGGGCCACUCAGAUUAAGACGUACUCCUGGGAUAACGCCCAGGUGAUCAUGGUGGGCAACAAGUGUGACAUGGACGAGGAGCGGGUCGUGCCCCCGGAGAAAGGAAGACAUCUCUCCGAGCAGCUGGGCUUCGAGUACUUCGAGGCGAGUGCGAAGGAGAACAUCAACGUGCGGCAGGUGUUCGAGCGCCUGGUGGACAUCAUCUGCGUGAAGAUGUCGGAGCGCGUGGACGUCGAGGUGCCAACGGCCGCCGGCGCCAAGACCACCAGACUGACCGACAAGCCGGCCCAGCUGCCUCAGAAGUGCUGCUGA